UUCUCCUUCUUUUUUAAUCUUGGACCUGUAAUUAGCCAUUUCCAUAUGUUAAAACCUCAGUUAUAUUGAAUGUAAAUAUUAUUUAUUUUAUUUAUUAUUAUUUUAAGAAUCUCAACACUGUUCCAUUUCAUUAAUGAUUAAAUAUAAACCCCAGAAAGAAUCAGAAAGAAAACAGAGAUUAUCAUGCCAUAGCCCCUGCAACUAAGGAUAUUAUAGAAGCAUUCAUAUUACAAAUAUAUUGUUUAAUAACUUCAUGCAAUAGUUUCCUUUUUGUACAUGUACAGGUAUAGUACAAAAACAUUCAAAUGUACUGUAAUAUUAUUUUAAAAUAAUAUAUGUGAGUACCUAAUCCAACAUUGCUGCCUGCCACUGCAACAUAGCAGUUUAAUGAUUUGUAGGAUGCACAACUGUAAUGCUAUGAGAAAAACAAUGACAAUUAUUUCUUUUUUUUGUGAAGGGUAAGAUGACUUCCAUGAAAGCUCAGAUCAGCAAAUGGAUAUUCACUGAAUCUGCAAUCAAAAAUACUUUUUCAGGUUACGCAUUGAAACAUCAAGAACCACAUAAAGAAAAAGACCCAUUAAAAGAUCAAACAUUUGACAUUCCAACAUGUAUAGAAGAUGAAGUUACUAAAGACACCAUGUCUUUGCAACAGUCCGUAACAUUAGAAGACUGGUAUGGAAGUGAAGAAGUAAAAGAACAGGAAGAUAUGAAUUCAGAGCACGGACAGAGACAUUUCUUUGCUGUGGACAUGAAGGAAGAACAUAAUGUUUUCUUACAGAUGCAGGCAAUAGAUCAUGAAGAAACAUUUAUAAAUGAUGAUCAGAGAAAAUGUGGAAUACAUGUAAGAGAAAUGGAGGGAAUCAAAAAACAGAUGUCCAAACUCAAAGAGAGAGAGGAAGAUAUAAGGGACCAAAUAAAGCAUGCCACAGAGAACAUGGAGCAAAAUAAUCAAGAGAUUAAAAGGCUCAUUAUGGAUAUAAAUGUCCUGCAAAGUAAAAAACCAAACAUUGAAAAUGGUUUGGAAAUUAGAGCCAGUGAAAGCACAAAUGUUUUCAAACAUGAAAUAAAAUAUAUACAGACCCAUACUGAGGAGAUAGAUGGAUUUGCUGGUAAAAAAUACUCAAGAAGUACAGAUAUACAAAGACUUCGGGCAGAGAUUUAUAGAACACAAGAAAUGAUAAGACUCGUAAAUCUAGAACUUGAAGACCCUACUGAAGUAAGUUAUAUCAACAACCAUGAUCAGGUAGAAGAGAGUGACAUUGAAGGAUUGCUACAUGAUUUGAAACUAUUCCAAGAGCUUUUGAAACUUGUAAAAACUGCAAAAAGGCAAAGUGAAGUGUAUCUGAAGGAAGAAAUUAACAACAUGAAAUUAAAUAAAACCGCAGCAAAAAAACUGAAAAUAAAACUGGAUCAGAGGUUAGAGAAAACUUUGAGAGAGAGAGAUGAAUUUUAUAUUUUGAAAAUACAACUGCAAAGACAAACUGAUGCGACUGAGCAGAAGUUGGAGAAAAUGUCAAAAGUCAUGAGCACCAUAGAAAAAAUUGCUGCCAAGACUAGACUGAAAAGUGAAGACAUAAAGAUUCUUAUGAAGGAGACUGAAGUACAACUGAGACAGAUGGAAGACCUGAACUAUAAGAUUGAGGCUAUGAAACAAGAACCAGAAAAAAGACAUCAUUUAAUAUCCCAAAUAAGAGCUGACCUAAUAAAAGUCAACACUGAAAGCUGUAAGUAUAAAGGUGGAGAACAUGCCUUCGAAAGUACUGAAAGAGAGGAGGAAUACAUAAAGGAACAAGACAGAGUUAAAACUGAUACAGAAAGGGACAACUUGACAAAAAACAGAAUUGGAAAAGAAAUGGAGGAAAUGCAAGAGGAAAUCAGCCAAAUAAAAUAUCAGAUUAAGAUGGACUUCAAAAAACAGAUAAUACAAGCAAAAGCAGAGAUGAAUGAAAUGACCCACAUGCAAAAUAAUAUCCCAAAACAAAAACAGGGGCUUGAAAUCACACUAGAAGAGGUUCAAAGAGAAAGGAGAGAGAUGGAAGUGUUGAAGUCUGAGUUGGAGAUCGGAAAAAAAGAAACUCAACAGAUGAUCCGAAAAGGCAUUCAAAAAGAGCAGGAAGGUAAAAAGAUGUGGGCUAAGGUAAAAGUUGAAAAAGAUGGACUCAAGAGGGAAACACAGAAGAGAAAUAAGGAGCUCGACCAGCGACUGGAAAGGACCAACAGAGAGAGGGAUGAACUGGAGAUCAUGAAACUGAAGAUGCAGAGAGAAAAAGACCAGAGCAAAGAAGGAAUGGGAGAGUGGUUCAUUCAGUUCCAAAGUCUUGUUCAAAAGUUCUGGAAACUAAUUCAGACAUGUAUGGAGAAAUACAAAGUCAUGAACAAACCGAGUGAAGAUGUAAAUGAAUACUUUAAAGAUAAAAAACAGCACAUGGAGGCCCAGGCAACACAAAUAAAUCAGGGAAGAGUAGAGUUGAAGAAAAUCAAGAUGGACAUUCAAAGACAGAAGGAAAUUAUGAAAUGUGGUUUAAAAAACAUGCAACAAAUGCAAACACAUUUGGAGGAAGAGAAGUUCAAUAUAAUAAAAGUCAAGAUCAGUCAAUCAGUCAAUCAAUCAAUCGAAAAAGAAAAAGACAGAAUCAAAGUAAAAUCUGAAGACUUACUCAGAGGAGAGAAUGAGCUGUGCAAUGAAAAGGAGUUACUCAAAAACAAGGUAAAAAUGCUCAAAUAUGAACAACAGAAAGAAAAGAAAGAACACAAGGAAUUGAAGAGACGGAUUAAUGAUACGGCAAAUGAGAAAGCAAUAAAUGUCCCGAGAACUAAAAGAAAACUUAUGGAGAAGGGAGAUGUAGAAAAACAAAUAAUGGGGGUAGUACAAAAUGGAAAUGGGCAUAAUAGAAAAGAGGGAUUGAUAAAUGAAAAAAUACCUUCAAAUGAUUCUAAGGACACUCUUCUUUUAACACAGAAUGAACCAUUUGAAAAUGUAACUAAAGAAGAGGGAGAUAUUUUAAAAACAGAAAUAAAACUACACGUGAAACCUGAAAUUAUACCAGGUAAACAUGGAGAAAAAAGCAAAACCAGGCUAGAAAUAGAAACUAUUGGGCUGCCAAAAAGAGAAGAACUGGAACAAGAAAAAGCAGAAGAAAAGAGCAUCAAGCUUUUAGAAAGAGAAAGUCAAGAUAUGAAAGGGGAAAGCUUCAAAUUGGAAAUCACAAAGGCUGAGUUACAAAGGACGAAAGAAGUAGGAGACAGUCAGCUUGAUGAGGUAAACAGAGAGAAAGAAAACAUUAAAGACUUAAACCUUCAACUUCAGUUAGAAAGAGACAAACUUCAGGACGACAUGAACAUGAUUAUCUUCAAACAAAAAGAGCAAGAACUGAAGGAAGAGGAGUUCAAAAGACAAGCAAAAGAGCUGGAAACCAGUAAGAACAGAGUCCUGGCUGAAAGAGAUGAACUGGAACUUUGGAGGAAGGAUCUCCAUAACAAGAAAGAAGAGGUUGAAGCUGCCACGAACACCAUCAGUGGAGAGAGAGGACAACUUACUCAGAUGAAGAGUAGUAUUGACAUGGACAGACACAGGUUGGACACUGAAAAGGACAGAAUGGAAGAAAUAAGGUCUGAACUGAAAAUGAGAGAAGAUCAACUCGUGAAUGAAAUUAAAUCAAUUGAAACUCUGAGAGAAAAACUUCAAGAACUGAGUAAAAGGAUGGUUGAAGACAUGAAGAAGAAGAUGGAAAGAUUACAACAAAACAAUGAAGAUGUGGUAAUGCUGUACUCUGUAUUGGAAGAAAAGCUUGCAGCUCAAUAUACACAGAGAGAAAACAUGGCUUGUUACACUGAGCUGAUAACGAGAGAAAAGGAACAUCUGAUAAGUAUACUAUCAGACAUGGACAUCCAGAGAGAAGACAUGGAAAACCAAUGGAAGCAGAAGUUUGAUUUGGACAAACAACAUGUUAAAAAACUGAAGACAGAACUGAAGCAAGACAGAGAUGAUCUGGAUAGAGAGAGUGAGAUGAUGAAUACAGAGAAACUGGACUUGGAGCUGAUGAGGUCUGACAUCCUGAAACAAAGAGACAUAUUGGAACAAGUGAUACAAGAUAUGAAAGGGGAAAGCUUCAAAUUGGAAAUCACAAAGGCUGAGUUACAAAAGAAGAAAGAAGUAGGAGACAGUCAGCUUGAUGAGGUAAACAGAGAGAAAGGAAACAUUAAAGACUUGAAUCUUCAACUUCAGUCAGAAAGAGACAAACUUCAGGACGACAUAAACAUGAUUAUCUUCAAACAAAAAGAGCAAGAACUGAAGGAAGAGGAGUUCAAAAGACAAGCACAAGAGCUGGAAACCAGUAAGAACAGAGUCCUGGCUGAAAGAGAUGAACUGGAACUUUGGAGGAAGCAUCUCCAAAACAAGAAAGAAGAGGUUGAAGCUGCCACGAACACCAUCAGUGGAGAGAGAACAGCUGAGUCAGAUGAAGAGUAG